CUCUCUCUCUCACUCUCGUUCUCACACACUCAGUCGCUGUGCUCUGACGGAUGGGGAUACACUGCCAAGGAGGACUUAGGGGUGAGAAGAGUGUGUUUCUUUUCUUCUCUGGUGUGUUUUCUUUCUCUUCCGCCUGGCUUCCCUCAUGAGCUGUUAAUUCCAGCCCCAGUCCCAAGGAUGAGGAGGAUCUAUUUGUGAGGAAGACACAACAAAGGAAGAGGGAACAAGGAGCAACAGGGUGGUAAAUUCUGCGAGCGGGAGUGAGCGAGAAGAUCUUUUCUUUUUCUCCAGGCUCGAGCAAGGAGUCCUGACUCCCAGCAGCAGCCAUGUGAGAGGAGCUGUCAGCGAGCAGAGGAUGCCCACGUCCAGCUAAAGCAGAACAGCCCUUCCCCUCUCUCCUCCCUCCCCUCCUGCUCCCUCCCUCCCUCCCACAUGAGGACAAGAAGAUGACUAUCACCAGUCGGCAGUCCUUCAAUGUCCUGACGGUCAUCUUCCUCCUGCUGUCUACUGCAGCCCUCUCAGCUCAUUACCGAGUGUGUGAACCCUACUCUGACCACAAAGGGCGGUACCACUUUGGCUUUCACUGCCCACGCCUCUCCGACAUCAAGACCUACAUGUUCUGCUGUCACCACAACAACACCGCCUUCAAGUACUGCUGCAACGAGACCGAGUUCCAGAUGGUCAUGCAGAUCAACCUCACCACCACCUCAGACGGUUAUGCACACAAUAAUUACACAGCCCUGGUCGGGGUGUGGAUCUACGGCUUCUUCGUCAUGGUGCUGCUUGCCCUGGACUUCCUCUACUACUCGGCCAUAAAUUAUGAGCUGUGCCGGAUCUACCUGGAGAAAUGGGGUCUGGGAGGACGUUGGCUGAAGAAGGCUCGGAGUCAGUGGCACAGGUCCAUGCCGGAAGAGAGUGAAGCCCAGGCCCAGGCCCAGCCCAUGGUUCCCAGCCACUACCAGCCCAGACACAGCCUCCGGGGGGAGAGCCACAGCCCCACGCUCCUGCCCUACAACACCUCCACCGCAUGAAUGAUGCUGCGAGUGGACGUACAGAAGAGUAGCAACACCUGGUUUCCUUACAUGGUACAGAGGAGAUGUCCCACAGUUGCCCUUCUCUGGACCACAGACACAACACUGCUGGUCGGCUAGCCAUAGUGUAGUAGUUAGAAGUGACUACUGCCCCUUUCUAAUGAGCACAAAACACCCUUGGAUUGACAGAAGCAGGCCUACAUGGCAAUUAGAAACAGCUGAACAAAGGCUGCGAGGACACACAGAGGUCUGCACGGCUGCUGCCACAGCAGACGAGAGACAGACACGUUCAACUGCUCACAGGGUUUAGAGAUCCCAUGAAAUGGCUGCUAAGGCCUGAUGUAUCCCAAACAAAUCUCAGCUGAACUGGAUAAACUGUACUCGCAAGUGAGAAAGCUUGCCUGUUUAAAAAGAAAAAAAAUAACAGAAAGAACAAAAAAAAAGCUCAUCUUUCUAGAUAUAAAAUGUUUAUUACACUGCUGUGUCACUUUGUGUUCAGUAGCAGUUAGACACAGUUGUGGGUUAUCUAUUUGGUGAUUUAUUUAUGUGAACUAGUCAGAGAAAUAUAUGAGUGGAUAACUUUCUGAACAUGUAAUGGCUUAGGUUGAUGCUGAGCAUCUCACUUAGAGUAGAAUGUUUUUGUUACCUACUGAGGCCAGACAAAAUGUCUGUGCAGCCAUGUUGAAAAACAAUAUCUUGUAUGAAAUGUUUUAGGUCUCCUUUCUGCGAAACAAGCGAUUUCUUGACAUUGUGUCUGUCGAGGACAUAACGCCAUAAAGCUUCUCUGCUGAAGGUCGAAAGGUUUGACAUGAGGUCAUCAAGAUUUCUCUCUCUUCACCCAAAACAUUGAUGAGGAUCAGGGAUGCCUUCACAACAGCAAAGAGCUUUAUGCGGAGUUAACGUACACGGAGCCCUUUUUGAUGAGUCUACAGACCCUUCUGAGAUCCUCACUUAUAUAGUUAGUUUAUGACAGUUUCCUCCAUCACCCCAUCCAGCGGCUUCUUUGACCUUCCUCAGUGCUGGAGCCGACUGAAACCGCUCCAUUAGCAAUAUGAUGCAAAUGAAUACCCAUUAGCGCCUUUAUAAGGAGCACUCUAUAUCCCACAUUGGUAAUAGACAAUUGUAAGCGAUUAGCCAUAAUAGGAAAUGUUAAAAAAAAAAAAAUCCAUUAAACCCCCCUCACUGUCAGCAAUAAUGUACAGUAGCUUAAUCAGAGGGAUGACAUGGUACGUAAAAGUCAGAAGGGCCGGCCGGCCGAACAAGCAGCGGGUAAUCACUGAGGUGUAUCGCAGAUGUUUCAGCUCAGUUUGUGGUUAAGAAGAAGGCGAAGUCAAUGAAAUGAACGUCUCUGGAUGAUGAGCUCAUCUCAAAAAGACCUCCAAAGAUUUCUGUGUCAGCUUUGUAAGAGAAAAAGAGUUCAAUAAUUAUCAGUUUGUGAAGGAGAGCUCUCAGUUUACGGCUGCAACUAAUCAUUACUUUUAUUUUCAGUUUGUUUCCUCAGAAAACGGUGGAAGCUUAUAAUUUCCAACAGCCCGAGGUCAUGUGUGUAAAUGUUUGUUUUAUUUAACCGACAGUCCAAAACAGAGAUUUUGUAAACAGCGAUUAUGUGGCAUUUUGCAAAUAACUGAAACAGCGAAUAAAUUAUGAAAAUAGAAUAUUCUGAGGCCACAACUAAAGAAUAAUUUCAAUAUUAAUCAUUCAGUUAUUUACUCAAUAAACUGUUUGGCCUGUUAUUUGUCAAAAAAAAAAAAAAAAAAGCAAAAAAUACCUCUAGUAGUUUUAUGAUGUCGUUGACUUUUUUUAGACCAACAGUCCACAAUUCAGAAAUUUAAUUUACUAUUACAGUGGAGGAGCAAAGGCAGCAAAUCUUCACAUUUCAGAAGCUGAAACGAGGGAACAGUUGAGCGUUUUUGCUUUGUAAAUGAAUUAAACAUACGUCGAUUAGAAUAGCUGCAGAAAAAUUGUCAGUGGAUUAGUAGAUAAAUAGUUUCUGCAAUGAAGGAAAAGUUUUUCCCCUCAUGGUCAAAUCUGAAUUAGACUUAUCCUCUCUCAGCAGUCCAUGACAUACUGUCCUUUCUUUUUGUGGAAAAGCAGCUGUCAGUUUUUAUACCAGUGAGACAGUGUGAGGUACAGCAGUAGGAGGGUGUCCCCGUCCUUCACCUGCAACCUGUGACAGCUGUUGAGCCUGUACCGUCAGGAUCCCCGGUCCGUGCACGCAUUGUAAGUUGGAGGAGAAGCUAACAGGAGCCAGCCGUGGGACUCGCCUUCAUCUCUCACCUCUCUGCUUCAUCAAGUUUAAGUGGAACCUCAGCCGAGUGCCGUAAAGGGGCCUGCCAGCGUCGUCCUCAGUUAUCAGCAAUAAUAUUCAAAUUUGCUGAGUUGUUAGAGCAAGUUAAUUCCCAUUUCAAUAGCUAAAGUUUAAUUGUGUGUGCGCUCCAGCAGACGUGUGCCACCGCUUUCAGGGGCAGAGACACGGGAUGUGUCCAAGUGAAAUAAUUGGGCCAGAGAUCAGCAGUGGUUCCAAAUUACACACUCCCAGUCUUUCUCUCUCUCUCUGUCUCUCUCUCCGGCUAGCUGCCUCCCUAUUCCCAGAGUGUGAACAGCAGCAGCAAACAAGGAGGGGAGAUAUUUAACAGGUGCAGCAGGACAAAGGAGAUUUAAUUAGUCUUCAAUGCUGGAUAAGUGGGGACAAAAUCGGAUGUGUUGGAGAACAUGUGGCCUUUCAGGCUGUGUGUGUUUUGACCUGUAAUACGACGACGGUUUGUUCUCAUCACCAAUAAUGUAAUACAGUAGUCACACCCAGGGAAUUAAAAGAAAAACCUUCAGUUUGCUUCUGAUGAGCAGUAGCAGGGUCAACAACGGAUUCCCUCGUCGACAAAUGAGGAGUCUUUCCCCUGUUUUUUUUUUCUUUCUUUCUUUUUUCUUUUCAAUGUUACAACUUGGUUUUGUGAUGUUUUCUGUUCUGUUGAAAACAGUCUUGACUCUGGCCUGAUGUGAUGUGGUACUGUAAAUCGUAUCAGCUCAACCCUCUUCCCGUAUUACAAAAAAGAAAUACAAAAAAAAAAGAAAAAAAUACAGAGGAUGGGAAGAAGGAAGCACACAUCUGUUUCAGUCUCUCCAGGUUGUCAUGGUAACAGUUGCCUUACAGUCGAAUACCCACCUGUACACAGAAGCUUUGUAGUGGUUGAUACCUCACUUUUUUGGGUGUGGCGGUGAUGAUGAUAAUGUGCACCACGUUCUGUCUAUGUAUUUCCUACUAGAUAGAAUGUUCAGUACCGUUUUCAAUUGGAUUGUUAUUGCACUUGUUGACUUUGUAUUGUCACGACAGGGAGAAAUAAAGUUUUAUCUUUUCCAGUGUGUUUAAA